CUAGCUCAGCCCCAUUCCAGUGGGAUCAAAGAGCUCGCAUGGGAAUGCCAAAGGGUAGUUUGGAGAUUCUACUGUUGCCUAGCUUCGAACCAGAUCGACUCCUCCUCCUCUUUGGCUCUUCCUGAAUUGUUUUCUGGAAGAAAUGUACGGCUUUGAAGCGCUAACCUUCAACGUUCAUGCUGGGUACUUGGAGGCCAUCGUGAGGGGGCACCGGGCUGGCCUGCUUACUGCCGCUGAUUACAACAAUUUGUGCCAGUGCGAAACCCUUGAUGACAUCAAGAUGCACCUUUCCGCAACCGAAUACGGUCCUUACCUCCAGAACGAACCUUCCCCGCUGCAUACCACAACUAUUGUAGAGAAAUGCACUCUUAAACUGGUUGAGGAUUAUAAGCACAUGUUAUGCCAAGCAACAGAGCCCUUGUCAACCUUUCUAGAGUAUAUAACAUAUGGUCACAUGAUUGACAAUGUUGUCCUGAUUGUCACUGGAACCUUGCAUGAGAGAGAUGUUCACGAGCUCUUGGAAAAAUGCCAUCCAUUGGGCAUGUUUGACAGCAUUGCUACCCUGGCAGUUGCUCAGAAUAUGCGAGAGCUUUAUAGGCUGGUUCUUGUUGACACACCCUUGGCCCCAUACUUCUCUGAGUGUAUCACAUCAGAGGACUUGGAUGACAUGAACAUUGAAAUAAUGAGGAACACUCUUUACAAGGCAUACCUAGAGGAUUUUUACAGGUUUUGUCGGAAACUUGGAGGUGCCACAGCAGAGAUUAUGUCUGACCUCCUCUCCUUUGAGGCUGACAGAAGGGCUGUCAAUAUCACCAUAAAUAGUAUUGGAACUGAGCUCACCCGAGAUGAUCGCAAAAAAUUGUACUCUAACUUUGGUUUACUUUACCCCUAUGGCCACGAGGAGCUUGCCAUCUGCGAGGAUAUUGACCAGGUCCGUGGCGUUAUGGAAAAAUAUCCUCCUUAUCAGUCUAUUUUCUCUAAAUUAUCUUAUGGAGAGAGCCAGAUGCUAGACAAGGCAUUCUAUGAAGAGGAGGUGAAAAGGCUUUGCUUAGCAUUUGAGCAGCAGUUCCAUUAUGGUGUUUUCUUUGCGUACAUGAGAUUGAGGGAGCAGGAGAUAAGGAACCUGAUGUGGAUUUCAGAAUGCGUGGCUCAGAACCAGAAGUCCAGGGUUCAUGACAGUGUUGUCUUCAUAUUUUAGUCAAAUUUUCACCGUUAAAUAAGAUAAUAAGUUGUUCUUUUGCAUAACUUCUGUAAGUCUCCUUGUUUCAUCGUCCAAUGCUUAGCAGAGAUGAGCUUACCUAUAUCAGUUGUGAGAUUAUGUAAAAAGUUUACGAGAUAUUGCUUUUUAGAGGGGAACUUAUUGUAUGGUAUUGGUUGUGAGGAGAAAUUGGAUUUUAUUAUUAUUAUUAUUAUUA